AUGAUCCUCUGCCUCUGUCUCCUNGUAAUCGCCGGUUGUUCCACUCACCCUCUCGAUCUCAUCAAGGUUCGUCUUCAGCUCCACGGCGAAGCUCCUUCCUCCACCACCGUCACUCUCCUCCGUCCAGCUCUCGCUUUCCCCAACUCUUCCCCUGCAGCUUUUCUCGCCGAGACCACCACCACCUCUUCCGUUCCCAAAAUUGGACCGAUUUCACUCGGAAUCAACAUCGUCAAGUCGGAAGGCGCCGCCGCGUUAUUCUCCGGCGUCUCCGCUACUCUUCUCCGUCAGACUCUCUAUUCCACCACCAGGAUGGGUCUAUACGAAGUGCUUAAGACCAAAUGGUCUGAUCCUGAGUCAGGGAAGCUGAGUCUGAGUCGUAAGAUCGAUGCGGGGCUUGUCGCUGGUGGGAUCGGAGCCGCCGUUGGAAAUCCAGCCGACGUGGCGAUGGUUAGGAUGCAAGCUGACGGGAGGCUUCCUUUAGCACAGCGUCGUAACUACGCCGGAGUAGGAGACGCAAUCAAGAGCAUGGUGAAAGGAGAAGGCGUAACGAGCUUGUGGCGUGGCUCUGCUUUGACGAUUAACAGAGCGAUGAUUGUGACUGCAGCUCAGCUUGCGNGCUUCUAG